AUAUGGGCAGUUACCAUGGGAACCAAUGGACCAAUAGGAAGGAUCAGCCCCAAUAUGGGCAGUUACCAUGGGAACCAAUGGGCCAAUAGGAAUGUUAUAGGAAGGAUCAGCCCCAAUAUGGGCAGUUACCAUGGGAACCAAUGGACCAAUAGGAAGGAUCAGCCCCAAUAUGGGCAGUUACCAUGGGAACCAAUGGGCCAAUAGGAAUGUUAUAGGAAGGAUCAGCCCCAAUAUUUGCAGUUACCAUGGGAACCAAUGGAUCAAUAGGAAGGAUCAGCCCCAAUAUGGGCAGUUACCAUGGGAACCAAUGUCUAUAUGGGACAAUUUGAGGGCAUCCUGAAUAGAUCUUGUGAAUGAUAUAAACCCUACAGGAAUUAAUGUGCUAGAAAUAGGAGAAAACCAAUUUGGGUAUCCAAAACAAUUAGGGAUGCGAUAAAUGAUUAGAGGAAAACGCGUGGAAUACUAAAACAAGAAGGUGGUGGGGGAGGGGGGACAUCAAAACAUUAUAAGGAGAUAAAUACAUUCUGUAAAUAAAAUUGUAGCAGAGAGAACCCAAAAAUAUUAUUUACCUAUAUAAAUAAUAAUAAUAUCAACCUACAAUCCAGCUACACAAUAUGUCAAUCAAAUACAACACCCAACCUACAAGAGAUUGUCACUGUAAUAUUAUCAAUAUAGAAUCUUUAUUGAAAAUGACAAAAGACAAAAAUAGCCCUCCCAUUAAAAUGACCCACCCUAUAAAAUACACAGCCCCCAAAGAAAACAACAAAAACGGAUGGGGAGCAUCACAAGACAUUGACCUCUACAUCCUAUGUCACCAGAUUAUACCAUAGUGAGGAAGACAUCGGGGGAGUCCGGAGGAUGGAGCAGGGGCCCGAACCCCAUCACAGACCCUCCACCUCACUCCAUGAUACAUGAGAGGAACAACAAGAAGAUCCUAGAACUCAUCAACAAGAUGAUGGAGCUGCUGAUUAGAGAGGUUCCUAUAAGGUGUCAGGAUGUGGCGGUCUAUUUCUCCAUGGAGGAGGCGGAGUAUGUAGAAGGACACAAGGAUCAGUACCAGGACAUGAUGGAGAAUGACCCCCCAGAGAUGGAUGAGGACAGAGAACAGACGGCUGCAGAGAUACUUGUCCUCACCCUAGAAAUAAUCUACUUGAUAUCUGGAGAGGCUUACACAGUAAUGAAGAAGUCAACUGGAGAGAGUGUGACCCCCUAUGGGUCAGGAGGACGGAGCAAGGCCCAGGGCCCCAUCACGAAGACUUCACCCCACUCACUGAUACAUGAGAAGAAGAUCCUAGAACUCACCCACAGGAUCACUGAGCUGCUGACUGGAGAGGUUCCUAUAAGGUGUCAGGAUGUGGCGGUCUAUUUCUCCAUGGAGGAGUGGGAGUAUGUAGAAGGACACAAGGAUCUGUACCAGGACAUUAUGGAGGACCCCCGGCCCCUCACAUCACCAGAAAAUCGCGGUGAGAAUUCUGAGAAACACGUUGUGACAUUGCUCCAUGAUGAAGUAGAGGAUGAAGAUACCAUGCAGCGCUCCUCAGGGGGAAAUCACAUUACCCAUAAUGCACAUUCAGAACAGUUAAAAAGCGCAAGCCUUUCAACACGCAGAAGAACUGACACAGGAGAGAAGCCAUACUCCUGUUCAGAAUGUGGGAAAUUCUUUGGAGAUCAAUCAGGGCUUGUUUUGCAUAAGAGAAUUCACACAGGAGAGAAGCAGUAUUCAUGUUCAGUAUGUGGGAAGUGCUUUAAAAAUAAAUCAAGACUUAAUUCACAUACGAGGAAGUGCCACACUAGGAAGAAGAAAUAUUCAUGCUCAGAAUGUGGGAAAAGCUUUACAAAUAAACCAGGCCUUGUUAACCAUCUGAGAAUUCACACAGGAGAGAAGCCCUUUUCAUGUUCAGAAUGUGGGAAAUGUUUUACAAUAAAGGCACUCCUUAUUGGACAUCAGAGAAUUCACACAGGAGUAAAGCCCUACUCAUGUUCAGAAUGUGGGAAAUGUUUUAGAGAAAAAUGUCAUCUUAUUGGACAUGAGAGAAUUCACACAGGAGACAAGUCAUUUCCAUGUUCAGAAUGUGAGAAGUGCUUUUCAACUAAACCUGUUCUUGUAAGACAUCAGAGAAUUCACACAGGAGAAAAGCCCUUUCCAUGUUUAGAAUGUGGGAAAUGUUUUACAAGAAAAUCACUUCUUAUUGGACAUCAGAGAAGUCACACAGGAGAGAGGCCGUUUCAAUGUUUGGAGUGUGGGAAAUGCUAUGCAUUUAAAACAAGUUUUUUGAGACAUCAGAAAAGUCACAUGGCAGAGAAGCCAUUUUUAUGCUCAGAAUGUGGGAAGUGCUUUACAGAUAAGUCAUUUCUUGCUAAACAUAGAAAGAGCCAUACAGGAGUGAAGCCAUUUUCUUGCGUAGAAUGUGGAAAGUCCUUUACAACUAAUUCGAUUUUGAGAGAACAUGAGAGAAUCCACACAGGAGAGAAACCAUAUUCAUGUUCAGAAUGUGGGAAAUGUUUUGUACGAAAAUCAAAUCUCGACACACAUGAGAAAAUGCACGCAGGAGACAAGCCGUACGCGUGUUCAGAAUGCGGAAGGAGCUUUAGAGUGAAAUCGUGGCUCGUUAAUCAUGAGAGAAUUCACACAGGAGAGAAGCCGUUUCCAUGUUUAAAAUGUGGGAAAUGUUUUACACGAAAAUCCUCUCUUACUGUACAUGAGAGAAGUCACAAAUGAGAAAAAUUGGUAUUUAUGUUCAGAAUGUGGUAAAUGUUUUAUUAUUAAAGCCAGACUUAGGGAUCAUCAGAGAAGUCACAUAGAAGAGAAGCAAUUUUGAUGAUAUUAUGGAAAUGCAAAUGACCUGCUUGGUGCACGGGGGCACCCCCUAUUUUUCACACCGGGCCUUUGCCUUGGUUCGCACCGCUGUAUAUGCUCCAUGUUCAUCUCGUGCCUUAACUGUCAUUGUAUGUUUGUUGGGUUUUUUGCUUAUGUUUAACUCUAUGUGUAGGAAGUUUUUUUUUUUAUUAGUUAUUUUUAUAGUUAUUUUUUUAAACUUGUUAAAUACAGAAUAAAAAAAAAAGUAAAUG